AUGGACCUGAAACUGGCGGCUUUGAGUGGAAAGUCUGAAAAUUUUCCUGCUUGGUCGACGAAGUUUGUGGCCUUGAUACACACCAGGGGCCUGUUCAGGACAUUGAUGGGCACUGAUGAUCUGCCAGAGGCUGAGCCUACUCUCCCCGAGAGUCCGAAUGCUGAUCAGCAGGCAGCCUACGAUACCAAGAUGCAGGAGCGAGCAGUGUUGAUCCAGCAGAGGAAAAACAAUCGAAACACUGUGUGGUCCCACCUGGCUCUGCCGCUCAAUAACACCACUUUGAUGUACAUAAAGAACAACUGCGUGGGAACAGAUGGCUAUGGCGAUGGGACGAAGGCUGGGAAGCUGCUUCAAAAAAAAUUUUGCAGUGUAGAGAGGCCGACGGUGGCCAGUCUAGUAGACCAGCUUGCGAAGUUGCGCCUAGGAUCAGAGGAGGAUCUGGACGAAUACUUCGUUCGCAGUCAAGAGCUGAUGACGCGGUUGAGCGAAGCUGGAGAAGCAAUCACGGACACACUGUUUAAUGCUUUGGCGAUCAAUGGGCUGCCUGACAUUUUGUGGUGCAAGACAGCUUUCAACCAGCCAAGACGUUUCUCGAGGUUGAGGAACUACGGUGACUCGAGGAAAGCUCGAUGUGGAGAGAGGACUGGACAUGGUUAUAUAGCCAGGCAAGCUGUGAGGAAGAAGAACGGAGUGUCAAGUAGUGGCUGCUAUGUGUGCGGUCAGAAGGGUCAUAUGGUGAAGGACUGCAAAUCCAAAAGGGACAGCGGACAAUCCAGUGCUCGAGGCAGUGGGUCGAACGAAGCAAGUGGGCCAGGAGCAAAGAAGCAAGGGUGA